CAGCUUGGUAAUUUCUCUUGCGUUGAAGCACCACAGCUACACUCGAGACUCUGGACCACGGUUCACCAUCCUUGCCGAGCAUUUUUCGUCCCUUCGCCCAUCGUAUCCGCAGAAAUGGGGUUCACUCUUGACCCAGAGGUUCAAACAGGCCUCAUGGCCAUGAUGGGUGGUGCGCCUCCACCUCCGCCAGCUAAAGUCGGCGACGUCGAAUCUCGUCGUCAGAUGAUUGCCGGCAUGUUCGCGGCUUUAGCGCCUGCCAUGCCCGCAGACAUCACGACAAAGGAUUACAGUGUUCCCGUCAGCGAUGGGCAGUCGAUCAGGUGUCGCCUGUACAAGAAGCAGAACGCACCAGAGGGUGGCUCCGGUGUGCUCUAUCUGCACGGCGGGGGUUACAUUUCAGGCGACAUUGAUAUGUACAACGGGGUUGUCGGCAAAUAUGUCGAGGAGACGGGAGUGCCUUUCUUUUCCGCCGAGUAUCGGCUGGCGCCUGAGGUCAAGUACCCUGGAAACGUAGAUGACUCGCACAAGGCCUUGCUCUUUAUGGUUGAGCAUGCAGCUGAGUUCGGCAUCGAUCCCAAAAAGAUCGCAAUCAUGGGAGACAGUGCCGGAGGGGGUAUGACCGCCGCACUACUGCACUACAACCUCGAGAAGAACGGACCCGCCAUCGCAAAGCAGAUCCUCAUAUACCCCAUGCUCGACGAUCGCAACGUGGAUCCUGAUCCGGCCAUAGAUGAUAUCGCCGUGUGGAAAGCGGACGACAAUCGCACGGGCUGGGACGGUAUCCUUGGUAGCAGCCGCGGCGCGGCAGACCUCAAGCCUUCAGCUGCACCUGCUCGAAUGACUAUCGAGCAGGCGGCAAAGCUGCCAGCGACGUACAUUGACUGCGGCGACAUGGACAUUUUCCGUGAUGAGGACAUUGACUAUGCGAAGAAACUUGUCCAGGCUGGCGUGAGCUGCGAGCUACAUAUCUAUCCUGGAUGCACGCACGGCUUCGAGUUGACAGCGCCACAGGCGAACGUUUCACAGCGGGCGUUCCAGAACAGGUUCCAAGCGAUACGUACGAUUGUGCCCGUCGGUGGCAAGGAGAAGCUUUGAAAGAAGAUGCGUAGAGAUAGACUAAAUCAGACAAGCGUAAGACACACUC